AUGGCGUUUAACGGGUGCUGGAAAGUAGACCGCAGUGACAAUUAUGACAAGUUCAUGGAGCAGAUGGGUAUUAAUGUGAUGAAGCGUAAACUAGCGGAGCACGACAAUCUGAAAAUCACCAUUGAGCAAAACGGAAACAACUUCCACAUCAAGGAGUCCAGCACUUUCCGCACCAAAGACAUCGACUUCACUUUGGGAGUCCAGUUCGAUUACACCCUGGCGGAUGGCACCGAAGUCUCCGGAACAUGGGAGUUGGAGGGGGACAAAAUGAAUGGGAACUUCACCAGGAAAGACAACAACAAAGUCCUGAUCACCACAAGGUCUAUUGUGGGCGGAGAGCUGGUGCAGACAUACAACUAUGACGGUGUGGAUGCCAAGAGAAUCUUCAAGAAGCAGUAAAGGGAGUUUUAUACUUUUAUAUUGUAGUUUGUGAGUUUUCUAAUAUUUUUACACAUUAAGUUUGUAAUAGCCACAGCACUACGUUUUAUACCUCAAAUGAAUUCAACCUAGUCAUGUAGACACCUUGUUCCAAAUAUAGACAAUGA